CACAGGGCUGGUUCAUGCGCGUAUGUUGUAUUGAGUUGGUUCCGUAGAUUGUUCGUGUGCUUUACAAGAAAUGGCGUCUUUUCAGGUUCAGGUGGCCUCCAUCAUGGAGGUUUUAGCUAAAACAGCAGUAGCAGAAAUUAAUAAGCUAGUCGAUGACGGGUCUACUGUAUUGCGAUUGGAGAUGUGCAGAAGCCAAAGAGAGAACGAAUCGCUAAAAACCAAGUUACUGCUGAUGGAGGGAGAGCUCAGGGCUGUGCGAGGAUAUGGAGAGGGAACGCCGGGCAUUUCUCUAAACCUCUCAUUUGAAGUUGAGGUUUGCGAUGAAUCCAGAGAAGCACAAACGCGCACUUCAGGGGCAGCUGCUGCUAACGGUGGUGAAGGACCCCUCUGUAAGGAGGAGGAGCUGCACAUGCAGCCCUGCCCUGUAGGAGACCGAGAAAAGGAGCUGCAAGCAGAACUCAAACAGGAGCCAGAGGAGCAGCCUCUCACCCCCGCACUCCCCCUGCUGGAGUCCGCAGAGUUGGGGCUUCAGAUCCAGUCUGUGUGGAGCCAGGCCAACAGCUUGGAAAUUUCUCAAGAAAGAAACAGACCGUGCAGAAGAAGCUUGGAGCAUGGAGACGCCCGGUUAGACAGAAGUCGCUCGGUGAAGGACGAGGGGUCAACAUCACACCUGGAGCAGAAACAGAAUGGCUGCCCCCAAGAGAAAAAAUGCUUUUAUGGGCCGCCUGAUGAGGUUUCGGCAAAGAGUCCCUGCAGAACUGAGGGACAGGAGGAGGAGUUCAUCUGCACAUGCUGUGGGAAGACAUUCCCGGACGCUCUUGAACUGAAGACGCAUGAGGAGCAGCACAGCGCGGGGAAACGGUUCAGCUGUUCAGAGUGCGGAAAGGGUUUCACUUCCUCCAGCGUCCUGGAGAAGCACGAGCAGGUUCACAGCAGGGAGAAACCGUUCACCUGCUCUGUGUGCGACAAGAGCUUCUCCCAGUCACACGUCCUCAAAGCACACAAACGCACUCACACAGGGCAGAAACCGUACAUUUGUGAGCUCUGUGGAAAGUGCUUCUCCUGGAAGAGCCAUUUAAAAAGUCACCAAAGUGUCCAUACAGGAGAGAAACCAUACUGCUGUGACAAGUGUGGGAAGAGCUUUGCUCGACUACGUAAUCUUAAAGCUCACCAAAGGGUCCACACCAAACCAUUCACUUGCAAGCAGUGUGGUAAGCGUUUCUCCCACAAGAGCAAUCUUAAAACUCACGAGAGUCUUCACACAGGAGAGAAACCACACUGCUGCAACGAGUGUGGCAGGAGCUUUGCCAAACUAUGGCAUCUGAAAACUCACCAAAGGGUCCACACCAAAGAGAAACCGUUCACUUGCAAGCAGUGUGGGAAGGGUUUCUCCCACAAUAGCAGUCUUAAAGCUCACCAGAGUGUCCACACAGGAGAGAAACCACAGUGUUGCAAGGAGUGUGGAAAGAGCUUUACCUGUCUAUGGAAUCUUAAAUCUCACCAAAGGGUCCACACCAAAGAGAAACCGUUCACUUGCAAGCAGUGUGGGAAGGGUUUCUCCCACAAUAGCAGUCUUAAAGCUCACCAGAGUGUCCACACAGGACAGAAACCCCACUCUUGCAAUGAGUGUGGGAAGAGCUUUGCCGGCCUAUGGCAUCUGAAAACUCACCAAAGGGUCCACACCAAAGAGAAACCUUUCAUCUGCAUGCAGUGUGGGAAGUGUUUCUCCCAGAAUGGCACUCUUCAGAGACACUUACUUUCUCACGAUCAGGACUCCAGAUGAGCGGGUGAUCAAUAAUGUGUUCGCAACAAACUGAAAACAUUCCCGGGGCACAUUUGGGACAACAAUGGUUACAUUAUUGGGGUUAAAUCUUCGUUUGUCACAUUAUUCGGAGCCAGUUGAGCACCCAUCCCCUCUCGCUGGCCAAUAGUUGGCACUGGUUGCCCCGCAAAAAUAAUAUCUCCGCUAAAUUAAUUCCCAUGGCACUGGCCAUGGCACCCUCCGGAGGGCAAGUGGACUGCUGCACAGACCCGGAAGUCCGGGAAGAGGGUUUCAUUGUGCCAGCGGUGUCGAUUGUGAUCCCCAUCCAAUCUUCAGAUACAUUGUUAGAUGACAUUGGGACAGCAGGCGCGC